AUGGGGAAUGGACUGUCAGACCAGACUUCUAUCCUGUCCAGCCUGCCUUCGUUCCAGUCCUACCACAUCGUUAUCCUGGGCCUGGACUGUGCUGGGAAAACGACGGUGCUGUACAGGCUGCAGUUCAACGAAUUCGUCAAUACUGUGCCCACCAAAGGAUUUAACACGGAAAAGAUUAAGGUAACCUUGGGGAAUUCUAAGACUGUCACGUUUCACUUCUGGGACGUCGGUGGCCAGGAGAAAUUAAGGCCCCUGUGGAAGUCCUACACCCGAUGCACAGACGGCAUUGUGUUUGUCGUGGACUCCGUUGACGUUGAAAGGAUGGAAGAGGCGAAAACCGAACUUCACAAAAUUACUCGGAUAUCAGAAAACCAAGGCGUCCCUGUACUCAUAGUUGCUAACAAACAAGACCUGAGGAACUCGCUGUCCCUCUCGGAAAUUGAGAAACUGUUAGCCAUGGGGGAACUGAGCUCGUCAACCCCCUGGCAUUUGCAGCCCACCUGUGCCAUCAUAGGGGACGGACUCAAGGAGGGGCUGGAGAAACUCCACGAGAUGAUCAUUAAGAGAAGGAAAAUGUUGCGGCAACAGAAGAAGAAGAGAUGA